UUUUUUUUAGUUCUCGCUAUGUUGCCUGGGCUGCCUUGGGUGAUCCUUCCGCCUCAGCCUCCCAAAGUGUUAUCAUCCCCUUUAUGACAUUACCUCUGUGACCUACCUCACUACCCCUCUGAAUUAGAUGUUCCCUCCUCCAGGGCACAUGGCUAUGUUCUAGCUUUGCAGUGAAUGUUAAAGGUGGUCACAGUGAAACUGGGUGACUAAUAGGGUAUAGCAGCUGGUCACUCAACAACCCUCACAGGAGAGCAUUGCCUGGGUGAGCCAGCCACAACCCUCAUUUGUCACGUAUCUCUCUCCCAGGGUCCAAAUUCCCUAAAUCACCUCUCCUGGAUGUGCUUUUUGGGAAGUCCAGCCAUCAGCUAAAGGGGGUUGGGGUCAGCUGGACAGAAAGGUGGGGGAUCCACCUUCAUUUAAGAGCACAUCUCCCCAGUGACUAACAAAGCUGGGCUCUGACCAGGGUACUCUCUUCAACUCUGCCUGCAUGGGCACUGCUAGAGUUGGCCUCUCAAACUGUCCCUGUGUGGUCCUUCUGUGACUAACAGGCAACCUUCUGUGUGAUAACAUACAGGUGUUUAAGAGACAGGCUUUGGAGUCAGACCUGGGUUGCAAUGCUGCCUCUGCUCUGUGAUUUGAGGCAAAUUGUUUAACAUCUUGGAACCUUAUCUCCCCUGUGACUUUUGAGGAUAAUACUUUGCCAGUGCUUCCAAAAAGGUUGCUUACAGUCUUAGCCUGGGGGCCAGGCAUAACUGUUCUGAUCUGUUACAUUUCUUUCACAGUUGACUCAAAUGAUGAUCAGUUUUUCCAUUUCCAAGUUCCUGGGGAGGGUGUGCUCUGCACUUUCGUGUUACCCCCAUAUGCUGCCCUCGCUAAGGACCUUACCCUAGGCCCAUCUGCCAGGCCCGGCAGGUCUGAUCUGUCCUCGCCAGGCUCCAGCCACUCUGGCUGUCUUGUAGUUCUUAACCCUUCUCGGCUGUUGCUGGGACUGUUUGUUCCCUGAAGUGCUGUUCCUCCCCUUUCCCUGGUGACUCCUGACUCCUCGCAUUUACAUCUUCAGCUUAAAUGUGUCACCUCUUCAGAGAGGACAUCCUCUACCUCCACUUUAUCUAAAAUGCGUCCUCUUCCUGGUUUCACCUCUGCUUGUUCAUUGCCCUUAUUAUACCUGUAACUAUUCCCUUCCUUUGUUACUUUUUAUUCCCCUCACUGGGCUGUAAGCUCCAUGAGGUCAGGGGCCAUUUGUUAGCGCCUAUAAAUACUGUAGAAUCGCUCAAACCCCAGGGCCGGUGGCACCAGGAAGUACUGGAUAAGGAACCGCGACACUAACUGGGGCUCAGUGCUCUCUUCCGCCUUCAGUGCUCCACUCAUCAAGGGUGUGGGUGAGGCCCCAGGUCCUGAGGAAGCCCUCGCUUGACUGCCCCGGGACCCACCGCAGCCCCCAACCAACCCCGAGCGGUCUGAUGGUGCCCAGGGAAUGGUUUCCAAGGCAAUAGCAAACGGGGCGGGGCUUGGAACGGAGGACAAGGCUCGAGCCUAGGCAGGACCUUCCCGGGAGAGGAGGCAGCGACGCGGAGGGGAGGCGGGAUCAGGGGCGCUGGGAGGGCGAGCACAGCGAGGGGCGCAUGCAGGGCCCCGACGCGCCGCUGCUCCUGAGCGCUGGGGAGCUGGGGCCCGGGCGCCGGGUCUCGGCCUCCUGGUACCGCCAGGGGGGCGGCCCGGUGUGCAACUGGCUGCGAAAGCCGCAGCCGCUCGAGCCACGCACCAGUUUCCCCUUGGCCCGCCGCUCCGAGUUCCGUCCACGCAGGAGGCUGCCAUGGCCCGGCCCUGCCUCCGCCCAGCCCGAGGAGGGUCACGCAGGCGGUAGAUGCCAGGCGGGCAGCCCCGCUCCUGCGCGCCGCCUCGGCCGCGCCUUCAAGACGCUGGUCCCAGGCACCCAUGCCCAGGGCGCCGCGGAUCCCCGCCCCCUCGGCCCCCCGCACACCCCGGUCCUGGAUGACCCCUCUCCGCAGGAUGGUUUCCCAGUCCUCUGGCGAGGAUCCUCCAAGGCGUCUCACAUGAACCGGCUCAGAAACGCCAAAAUCUACGUGGAGAGAGCUGUCAAGCAGAAGAAGAUCUUUACAAUCCAAGGCUGCUACCCAGUGAUCCGGUGUCUCUUGCGCCGGAGGGGCUGGGUGGAGAAGAAGAUGGUCCAUCGCUCAGGCCCCACCCUGCUGCCACCCCAGAAGGAUCUGGAUAGCUCAGCGAUGGGUGACAGUGACACCACUGAGGAUGAGGAUGAAGAUGAGGAUGAGGAGUUCCAGCCACCACAGCUGUUCGACUUGGAUGAUUUACUGAAAUUUGAUGACCUAGAUGGAACACAUGCUCUGAUGGUGGGUCUAUGUCUCAAUCUCCGGAAUUUGCCGUGGUUUGAUGAGGUUGAUGCCAAUUCCUUCUUCCCACGCUGCUACCGCCUGGGGGCUGAGGAUGACAAAAAAGCCUUCAUAGAGGACUUCUGGCUGACAGCUGCCCGCAACGUUCUCAAGCUGGUGGUGAAGUCUGAGUGGAAGUCAUACCCUAUCCAGGCAGUAGAGGAAGAGGCCUCAGGAGACAAGCAGCGCAAGAAACAGGAGAAAAACCCAGUGUUGGUGUCCCCAGAGUUUGUGGAUGAAGCUCUGUGUGCGUGCGAGGAGUACCUUAGCAACCUGGCCCACAUGGACAUCGACAAGGACCUGGAGGCCCCACUGUACCUCACCCCUGAGGGCUGGUCCCUCUUCCUCCAGCGCUACUACCAAGUGGUCCACGAAGGGGCAGAACUCAGGCACCUCGACACUCAGGUCCAGCGCUGUGAGGACAUCCUGCAGCAGCUGCGGGCCGUAGUACCCCAGAUAGACAUGGAAGGGGAUCGCAACAUCUGGAUUGUGAAGCCGGGAGCCAAGUCCCGCGGACGAGGCAUCAUAUGCAUGGACCACCUGGAGGAGAUGCUGAAGCUAGUGAAUGGCAACCCCAUGGUGAUGAAGGACGGCAAAUGGGUGGUGCAGAAGUAUAUUGAGCGGCCCCUGCUCAUCUUUGGCACCAAGUUUGACCUGAGACAGUGGUUCCUGGUAACUGACUGGAACCCACUUACUGUGUGGUUCUACCGCGACAGCUAUAUCCGCUUUUCCACACAGCCCUUCUCCCUGAAGAACCUGGACAACUCAGUGCACCUGUGUAACAACUCCAUCCAGAAGCACCUGGAGAACUCAUGCCAUCGGCAUCCACUGCUUCCCCCAGACAACAUGUGGUCCAGCCAGAGGUUCCAGGCCCACCUGCAGGAGAUGGGGGCCCCAAAUGCUUGGUCCACCAUCAUCGUGCCUGGCAUGAAGGAUGCUGUAAUCCACGCACUUCAGACCUCCCAGGACACUGUGCAGUGUCGGAAGGCCAGCUUUGAGCUCUAUGGUGCUGACUUUGUGUUCGGGGAGGACUUCCAGCCCUGGCUGAUUGAGAUCAACGCCAGCCCCACCAUGGCGCCCUCCACGGCAGUCACAGCCCGGCUCUGUGCUGGCGUGCAAGCUGACACCCUGCGCGUGGUCAUUGACCGGCGGCUGGACCGUAACUGUGACACAGGAGCCUUUGAGCUCAUCUAUAAGCAGCCUGCUGUGGAGGUGCCCCAGUAUGUGGGCAUCCGGCUCCUGGUAGAGGGCUCCAGCAUCAAGAAGCCCAUGGCGAUGUGUCAUCGGCGGAUGGGGGUCCGCCCAGCAGUCCCUCUGCUGACCCAGCGAGGCUCUAGGGAAGCCCCUCACCACUUCCCCAGCCUCCACACCAAGGCCCAGCUGCCUUCUCCCCAUGUACUCCGACACCAGGGCCAGGUCCUCAGACGACAGCACAGCAAGCUGGUGGGCACUAAGGCCCUGUCGACCACAGGCAAGGCCUUGAUGACUCUACCCACGGCCAAGGUCUUCAUUUCCCUCCCACCUAACCUUGAUUUCAAGGUGGCACCCAGCAUCCUGAAGCCAAGAAAGGUGGGCCUCGACCUGUGGCUCACACCCAGUGGACCGUGCUGAGCAUGGGGUCAGGGCUGGAGGUCACAGGCAGACGGCAGCUCCCAGGCUGGCUGGCACCCCAAGGGAAGAGCUUGUCUCCCUCAGAAGCCCCUUCCUCAACAGACUUCUGACCGUCUCCCUCUUCUCCCCUCCUUUCACACUGAGGCUCCUGCUCUCUUGUGCCUCCGAGGCCCCCAGCUGGAAGUGCCUUGUUGCCUCUGCCCUUUGAAGUCGGAACAAUUCCUAGCACCCGUAGGAAGGUCAAGGCCAAAGGCAAGUUCAAGGCCAAACUGCGACAAACCCAGGGCUGAGGCGUGCCCCAUGAAGAGGCUGAGCCCCCUGAAACCCCUGCCCCUUGUUGGUACAUUCCAGAGGCACAGGGGCCUGGGGGUAUGAAGCUAGGGAAGCCCCUGCUUCGAUUCCCCACUGCCCUUGUCCUGGAUCCAACACCAAAUAAAAAGAAACAAGUGAAGUA